CCAACAUCUCCAUCAUGAUCUACCUCGUUCUUCUGUCUAUCUUACAAUAGUUGUUCUCCGUAGCCGCACGCUCAUUUUUCUCGUUCCCUACCUAUGUACCGUUGAGUCUUAUUGAGCUGUCUGUGCUCCUUGCUGUCCACAAAGGCAUUCGCAACCUUGGGUAGCCACCCCUCUCUGAUCUACCGUCUUGAUCAGCCACCUCCGUAACAAUCUACGAAGCUCCCUCGUCGGGUUCGAUGGCAAGUCCUGCUCAUUGCCUAUUUUGCAUUGAAGUCUUGUCCGCGAGUUUCGACCGGCGAGACCCUCCUACAUUGCAGCAAGUGCUCGAUUUGUACAAGGACUACAAAUUAGACUGCGAUCCCGAUGAAGCGGCGGAACGCGAGGGUAAGCAAGAUGCGGACGAAGACAUAGAUCUUGACGCAGAAGACGAGGAAGUUGCGGACGAAGAGGACGAGGAAGAGGGGUCCUCUCAACAACGCGAAUAUACUCGUCGCCCUCAGGUAUCAAGCAUAUCUAGGCUGAAGGCAUCCACAUCCUCCUCCAGGUCUUCUUCAGCGUCCUCUCCCUCCACAAGAUCAGGAACAUCUUCCAAUUCUCAGUUGACCACACAUUCGAGUGCAACGUCCAUCACUCCUUCGCAGCCGUCCUACGCUUCUCGACUCUCCGUCACCGAUUCCUUCCCACUUUUCGUCACCUGGAACACCAUUUCUAAAUCAGGUCACAAAUCCCUACGCGGCUGCAUUGGUACCUUUGAGGCUCAACCGCUUGCGUCAGGUCUGUCAACAUAUGCACUUACGUCGGCCUUUGACGACACACGUUUUUCGCCUAUUCCAGCCUCAUUGCUGCCCACACUCUCCUGCUCGUUGACUUUGCUGGCCGAUUUUGAGCCAUGCAGUGACGCGCUUGACUGGACACUGGGGACUCAUGGCCUACGAAUCAGCUUCACACAUCGUAGUCGCCGCCAUGGAGCUACGUAUCUGCCUGACGUGGCUGUCGAGCAGGGCUGGACUAAAGAAGAGACGGUAGAGAGUUUGAUGAAGAAGGCCGGGUGGGAUGGUGGCUAUGGCCAUGGCGUAGCCAAACGACUACUCAGAGGGUCCGCUAGAGCCAGCGACGGCCAAAACACGAAGCCAUGGGACGACGUACAGGACUUCAGAGCCGUGCGAUAUACCGGGUUAAAGGCCAGUGCAUCCUAUAAUGAAUGGAUGGACUGGAGGAAUUGGGUAGAGAAACACGGGGAGACUUUGAGCUGAUACAUGAAGGAAUGUGUUCUUCAAAGCCAGAUGACGUGAUUCUUAUCAAGAGUGUUGGGAGUGAAGCUUCAACACCAGAACGACCUCAAGAUGAAACGAUAGACCUCAAUGACUGGUGUGGUAUCGUUCUUAGGCAGCCUGAAUGGCUCCUGCGUGACUUGCUGCGGACCCUGGUUCACCCUGGGAGCAGAGACGGCUCAACGAUAUGACUACGAUAUUGCACAACAUAUAUACCCAUUUUGCUGCCAUCAUUGGUGAAGAUAGAUCUAUCUUUCGAUUGACAUGCCUUGUGAAUGUGGC